AGAGAGAGACAGACCGCGGGAAAGUCAUAGAUGAAAAGAGAAGAAGACUCUGUUUUCUGCUCUAACAUGGCGGUCUCCUCCAGCACCCCCCCGCCCACCGACCCCCUCUUCCACUCCGAACCGCCCUACAGCGCUCCCAACCCGGAGAGCUCCCCGCGCCUCCCCGCUGCUCGCCUGGCCGGAGCUUUCCUGAGCGGCGGCGGGAGCGGCAGAGUCCCGGUCAAUGUGAACGGGUCGAGCGGCAGCGGAUGCGGCGCCGCUCCUCCGCCGCACACUGAGUGUAAGAUGGUGGAAGUUCAUGGCGUGAAGGUGGCGUCGUUUUCGGUGAACGGCGUGGAGCUGAUUUGCCUGCCGCAGGUGUUCGAGCUUUUCCUGAAGCACCUGGUGGGCGGACUGCACACCGUGUACACCAAACUGAAGCGGCUGGACAUCAGCCCGGUGGUCUGCACCGUGGAGCAGGUGCGCGUCCUGCGGGGGCUCGGAGCCAUCCAGCCCGGAGUCAACCGCUGCAAGCUCAUCACUAGGGCUGACUUCGAGACGCUGUACCGGGACUGCACCAACGCCAGCUCUCGACCAGGCCGCCCUCCGAAGAGGACACUGGGCGUGGCCACGAUGACAGACGGCUCCAGGCUCCUCCCACAUGGACUGAUUAGCCCCGCCCUGCUGUCACAGACAGGUCUGACGGCGGCGGCGAUGACCGAGGCGCUGAAGCUGCAGAAGAUGAGGAUGAUGGGUUUCCACGGCAACAGCGAUCACAACAAAACGGAGUUGGAGAACGACGACGCGGUAGGCAGUGAAGGAUCAUGGGAGAAGGAGCAGCGCCUCCUCUCUUCCUCGGCUGCAGCGCCUCCUGCUGGCUCGGCCUCUCUGCAUCUCAACACUCUGCAGCAACACAGCGCGCUAUUGGCCAACCGUCUGUCGGACUUUCCUUUUAUGGUCAUGCCACACCCCCUCCUCCCUGUGGGCCUGCCCCCUGCCAGCAUCGCCAUGGCAAUGAACCAGAUGAGUCAUCUGAGCGGUUUGGCAAACAUGGCCGCCGUGUCACAUUUUCACACAGAAGACAGCAAGGAGUCUCCUCCUGGAAGCCCCUCCCCCUGCCCCUCCCUUAAUGACGAUGAGCUCCGCCCCCGAGAGCCAACCAGCCGAUCCCCUUCCAGAUCCUCUUCCUCCUCCUCCUCCUCCUCCUCCUCGCCUCCUCCUGCAGCAUACACACCGGAGCUCGACGUGGAGAUCGCAGAGCGACACAACAACUUUAAAAAGCUGCUGAAGGGAAAAGAUGACAGCCUAAUGCCCCUCCCCCUUCUCAAACCAACCUAUGAGAAGCUGCCGCUUACCUCAAACAACCACCCAAGCCCCGCCUUCGCUCCGUUCCUAUUGGCUGAGGGUCUGUCGUCCAUGGAGACGCUGCUGACCAACAUACAGGGUCUCCUGAAGGUGGCGGUGCAGAGCGCUCGCUCUCAGGACAAACACAGCCAGCUGGAGAGGAAGGAGCUGAAACUGGAGCUGCAGAGAGAGAAGGACGCGAGACAGACGCUGCAGAGACAGCUGAGCUCCGAGCUGCAGACCAGAGUGUCGAUCCAGAAGAGGCUGAAGAAGGAGAAGAAAGCGAAGAGGAAGCUUCAGGACGCCUUGGACUUCGAGUCGCGGCGCAGGGAGCAGGUGGAGCGGGCGCUCACAGAUGCAGUGAUUCCUGACAGUGAACUGGAGAACAAACAGCAGGAGAACUCUGCAGCUCAAGAGAAUCGACCCUUCAUCAAACCCCCGCUGCUCUUCUGAAGGAGGGGCGGAGUCACACCUGCGGGAGGGGAUCACACCUGUGGGGGGAGUCACAUGUAUUCAAUUUUUCUUUUUCGUGUUUAGUAGUUUAGAAAUCGCGAUUCCGUUGGGGACGAACAAAGAUAUCUUUGCUGAAACAUUUCCGUUUUUUUAUGAAAGAUAAUCAAGAAGUUUUCUGAUUUUGCCGAGUGAAGCAACUUAACGAGCUCUGAGGUUCAACGAGUAAAGAACCACAGCAUGUACUGACGUCACAGACGGGGCGUGGUCUGCUUAAUGAGCUCCGGCCCCUAACGAAGCAGCAGUAACAGCUGGUAGUUCUGUUUUUAUUUCAAUAAACUGCUGUUUUAUUAUUAUUAUUAUUUUAAAAUGUAAAUGUUUGAGGAGCUCGACGCUGUAACGAGUUUGUAUAAUUAAAGAAUCACAUUUUUGAUUUCUAUCAUUCUGCGCUGUUCAUUAAGAGAAAGUGUUAAUGUUUGAAUCUAAACUGCAGUUUGUUUAAUAACUCGUCUUCCUGUUUAAUUAAACCUGAAACACUAAAAUCUGUUGAUAU